AUGCCUUGUGUUGUAUCCAAUGCUGUGUUUUUUAUUCAUAAUAAAGAGAGGUUGAGUUCCCGUUAUAUUGUGUUCUCGGAUCACGGAGCUAAGUCUCGUUGGUGGUGGCAUAAGGUUCAUCAGUAUACUUCUGUAAGGGUUAUAUGGACUUCUCAUGCUGGUCAUUAUAGGUACCUUAAAUGGGUGGGAUUGGUUAUUAUAGUAAAAAAACGUUGCACACGGAGGCUAUGUUAUUGGGCCGGGUUGGAUAAGGGGCCGCAUGUUCAUUGUGACCAGGUCAUAUGGGUUGCUUUUGGUUUUUGGAUAAAAGUCUCGUUACCGGUUUCGAUCCUAGGUGGGAGAGGGAUUUGGACGCUUUUCCUUUGGAAUGGUUGGGGGCUGGUCGAGAAGAUUUCUAGGCCGGGGGAUGGGUUAGAGGACAAGGGUGGAGUGGAUAAUAAUGAAAGACAGUUGGAAGUGGGUCGGGUGGAGUUAACUAGCUACGUUGAAGUGGGUGACGAAAACAAAAACAAGGAGGUUGCUGGUCGGGACAUGGAGCUAGGGUCUUGGAUGAUGGGAGAUAGUACUCGCGGGGGUAAUCCUUACACAAUUAGUCACCUCCGGGAAGUUUGGGGGAAGUUCAAACCUGAGUUUCUGUUUCUUUCUGAGACAAAACAAAGUUUUGCUUUUGUUCAACAAUUUCAAUUUCACUUUGGAUAUGACAGAGUGUUCACUGUGGAGCCAUGUGGGGCGAGUGGGGGUUUAGUUUUAUUCUAUAACAAUGCUUCUGAUGUGAAUAUCAUCUGCUCAACUAAGAGGAUCAUUGACAUCGAGGCUCGUCAUGAGGGUAAUUUGGUCUUUAUGUCCUUUGUUUAUGGAGACCCGGUGGUUAAGUUUCGCGAUAAUGUAUGGGAAAGAAUAACAAGAAUUGGGACAACCAGAACAGAACCAUGGUUCCUUAUAGGGGAUUUUAAUGAAAUAACAGGAAAUCAUGAGAAACAAGGCGGAGCGUUACGUCCACCGUCCUCGUUUGUGCCUUUUAAUCUGAUGAUAAGUGAUUGUGGGCUAGUGGAUUUUCCGAGUCGGGGUAACAAGUUGUCUUGGCGGGGACGAAGACGGGGAAAGAUAGUUCGGUGUCGGUUAGAUAGGGCAUUGGCAACAGAGGGGUGGCAUGACCUGUUUCCGGUUUCCCAUGUUGAAUAUCUACCGAUGAUUGGAUCAGAUCACAUGCCCAUUUUGGCUACCUUAGAUUCAAAAAUAACGAGACGGCGAAAACAAUUUCGGUUUGAUAAACGGUGGAUUGGUAUGGAAGGAUUACUUGACUCGAUUGAGCACGGAUGGGGUGCCGCUCGGGGGGAGGGUGAGCCGGAACUGAUGGAUCGAAUAUAUAAUUGCCGACACGAAAUAUCGGUUUGGAGGAAAGAGAAUCAGCCAUAUGGAAAGCAGAAGAUAGUGGAAUUACAACAAGCUUUGGAGGUGGUGCAAAAUGAUGAUAACAGUACCCCGGAGGAACUUACAGACAUUACGAAUAAAUUACAGGAGGCCUACAGAGAUGACGAGGACUAUUGGAAGCAGAAAAGCCGGAAUCUAUGGUUAAGAGAUGGGGAUUUGAAUACAAAAUUUUUCCACGCUUCGACAAAACAGCGUAGAGCAAUUAAUAGAAUAGUUGGUCUCCAUAACGAGGCUAACAUUUGGGUGGAUGGGGAGAAAGAGGUGGAGAAAAUAGCGGUCAGCUAUUUUGACAAACUAUUUACUUCAACCACACCGGAGGACUUCACGGAAAUUUUGGAAAAUCUGUCGGAGUGGGUUACAUCACAGGAGAAUGCAGUGUUGACUCGACAAGCGACGGAAGCCGAGGUGCGAGAGGCACUAUUUAUGAUGCACCCAGAGAAAGCACCAGGGCCAGACGGUAUGACGGCGCUAUUUUUUCAGCGGUCAUGGCACAUUGUAAAGUCGGAUGUUCUUAGGAUGGUUAACAAUUUCCUCUGCUCGGGCACUUUUGACGACAUAUUAAACCUGACACAUAUCUGUCUAAUCCCUAAGACGGGCAGACCGACUAGGAUGACGGAGUUACGACCAAUUAGUUUGUGUAAUGUGGGGUAUAAGAUCAUUUCCAAAGUCUUGUGUCAGAGGCUCAAGGUCUUGUUACCAAGGUUAAUAUCGGAAACACAGUCGGCUUUUGUUCCGGGCCGCCUGAUCUCGGACAAUAUUCUUAUAGCCCAGGAAAUGUUCCAUGGGCUCCGUACGAACAAAACAUUUAAGUAUAAGGUGUUAAUUAAUGGACAACCAAAAGGAAAAAUAACCCCUCAUCGGGGAUUAAGGCAAGGGGACCCGUUAUCCCUAUAUCUCUUUAUUCUAUGUACGGAGGUGCUGAUAGCAAAUAUAAAGAAGGUGGAAGAGAUAAAGAAGAUAACGGGAUUAAAAGUGGCUCGGGCGUGCCCGGCAGUAUCCCACCUCCUAUUUGGUGAUGAUAGCUUGUUUUUCUGCAAAGCAACAGGGGAUGAGUGUCAGGUCCUCAUUCAGAUUCUUAAAGCGUAUGAAGCCACCUCUGGACAACAAAUUAAUUUUGGGAAGUCUUCUGUACAAUUUGGACAUAAUGUGGACCCAGGGGUGAGACAGGAGGUUCACCAAAUCCUGGGGAUCACGGCAGUGGGGGGAGUCGGGAAUUACCUGGGAAUCCCGGAGUCUGGGGGAUUCCCAGGUAAUUCAAAGAUUUUCAGUUUUCUGGUUGAAAAGCAAAACCAACGAAUUAACGGAUGGAACUCCAAAUGGCUAUCCAAGGGGGGAAAAGAGGUUCUUAUCAAGUCAGUCGCCUCGGCAAUGCCCAUGUAUGUCAUGUCAUGUUUUCGGCUACCUAAAGGAAUUACGAACAAGCUUUCAAGCGCGGCAUCAAAUUUCUGGUGGAGCAACAAUGGGCAAUCGCGGGGAAUGCACUGGCUGGCAUGGAAGAAACUUUGUCGCCAUAAAAAGGAUGGGGCCCUGGGCUUCAGGGUUAUUGAGGAUUUUAACACGGCUUUACUUGCAAAGCAGUUAUGGCGACUCAUGGAUUAUCCGGAGUCUUUAUUUGCACGGGUUUUCAAAGGGCGGUAUUAUCGCAAUUCCACCCCUUUGGAAAUCAACCGAUCUUACUCCCCUUCCUAUGGUUGGCAGAGUAUAGUCUCGGCUCGACCUCUGGUUCACAAAGGACUUAUUAAAAGAGUUGGUUCAGGGUUAUCAAUCUCCGUCGGGAGGACCCAUGGAUUCCAGCUUCUUGCCCGAGGCCAGCCACAGGACCUGGGAUUACUUUUUUCCCCCACCUCCGGGUGA